AUGCUCAAAGUCUCUGUUCAAGUAAUUAAGGAGAGUAGCUCAGAAUUUUAUUCCCUUUUUUCAAUGAACAAAAUCGUGAGAAAUGUUCAGACUUUGUUUGAUAACAAGCUAUCCAAGUGGAGCGAGUCACGAAACCAAGAAGUCAUCGUUGGGAUUUUCAUGAGUUUGAUGGAAACUGCUGACUGCUUGCUCAUCACAUGCCAUAUAGUUCACAAUAAAAUACUAAAGCGAAGAGAAUGA